UCGAUGGUUGAAAAAAAUUAUCGAUAUAUUUCGAUAGUCAAUACUAUCGAUAGUUAUCGAUAGUGCCAUCGAUAGUUCUCCACCACUAGCCUAAAAGACAUCUUUUUUAAAGUUUUUACCAAACAAAAAUGCCUCCCAAAUUUAAAUUUCAAGAAGGGGAAAAGGUCUUGUGCUUCCAUGGUCCUUUGAUUUAUGAAGCCAAGUGCCUCAAAUGCACCAUUUCCAAAGAGAAGCAAGUAAAAUACUUCAUACAUUAUGCUGGUUGGAAUAAAAACUGGGAUGAAUGGGUACCAGAAAGUCGAGUCCUAAAAUACAAUGACGCCAACGUUACAAAACAGAAAGAUCUCGAGAAAGCCCAUUCGGCCAGAGGCAAACAGAAACGAUCUGCCAAAAAAGCAGCAUCAUCGAAACCGGAUUCUGCAAAAGAUUCCGAUUCCAGGGCCAGCACCCCGAUAUCUGACAUAGCAAAAGGUGGAAAAGGCACUAAAAGAGAUUUGGCUACGCCUACGCCCACUCCCAGCGGACCAGAGUCUAGUUCUGAUGCGCCAAAACGCAAACGGGCCAAACUUGAUUCUACAGUAGAAUCUGAAGAGCAGUAUCAAACAAAAGUGGAAAUAAGAAUCAAAAUGACUCAAGAACUAAAACCAUGGCUGGUGGAUGAUUGGGAUAUGAUUACUAGGCAGAAAAAACUAGUAAAUCUCCCAGCCAAACUAACAAUAAGCCAAUUGUUUGACAAUUAUUUGACUUAUAAAAAAUCAGUAAAAUCAAACAACAUGAGCAAAGAAAGUGCUGCAAUUGAAACAAUCAGAGGCAUCAAAGAAUAUUUCAACAUUACAUUGAGCACACAACUGUUGUACAAGUCAGAACGUGCCCAAUACACAAAUCUGGUGAGAGACAAUCCGGAUAAAACCUUGACUGAGAUCUACGGUGCCAUGCAUCUAUUGAGGCUAUUUGUUAGGCUAGGACCGUUGUUGGCGUACACUCCAUUGGACGAGAAGAGCGUACAAAUUCUGAUACAAAACAUACAAGAUUUUUUGAAGUAUAUUAAUAAGAAUGCGGCCCAGUUGCUUAGUACACAGGAUUAUGUUAUUCCUAAUCCGGACUAUGCUAGGAAAACUCAGUAGUAUAAGUAUUCAACAUUUAUUAUUAUCAUUAUAAGUAGAUUUUAGGGCAUGUAAUUUCAGUUAUUUUUACUUUUUUUAUUUGAAUUUGUUUAAAAAGUAUGUAUUUUCUUUUGUGUAUUAUUGUAUUGUAGUUAUUAAUAAAGUUCAACAUCUUAUAAUUUAUUUUUAAUCAAACUCUUGGGGUUGAUGUUUGAAUUUAAUCAAAAGUGUAAUACUACAAUAAUUUAUUAAAAAACUAACAAUGAAAAAGUUACAAAAUAGUGUCUACAUGCUACGAAUCUUCUUCUUUUCUCUAUACACGGACUCCUUUCGAACUGAAAUAAAAAGAAAAAUAAUUAUUGAUGUUUUAAUUCCUUAUGUACUGUUUAUUAUUAAAUUUACUUACUAAAUGGAUCAAAUCGUAUUAAUUCCAAUUUAUCAGCUAAUCUGGGUCUGAUUUUGUUGAAUGUGUGUCCGCUAACUAAACUUUCCAUUUGUACCAUUAUAUCUCUGAAAAUUUAUUAAUGAACUAAACU